AUGUUAGAAGUACGGUGUAUUAUUCUCUGCAUAUUCUUCUUUGUUGCUUCCUUUGCAUCUGUUGCUACUGAAGAUAGCGAAGCAAAAGCUCUGUUGAACUGGAAAGCCAGCCUGAACGACCAUAGCCAAGCAACCUUGUCUACGUGGAACAAUGACACUGAUCCUUGUGGACACUGGAAGGGGAUUUCAUGUGAUGUAUCUUUGUCUGUGAUCAGUGUAAAUCUGUCAUAUCUCAGCCUCCAAGGCACACUUGACCGUCUCAACUUCGCUUCCUUUCCUAAUGUGAAAUAUUUUGAUGUAAGUAACAACAUAAUUUAUGGAAGCAUUCCCCGCAAAAUUGGUAACUUGUCCAGUAUUUUGAAUUUGAGUUUGUCGGAUAAUUUACUUGGUGGUCCCAUCCCUCCUGAAAUAUGGAAACUGACCACUCUAAAUAGUCUUGAUCAUAGUACAUGUCGUUUUAGAGGGCAAAUUCCCCAUGAAAUUGGCAAUUUGAGGAAUUUGACGUCCCUAUCACUUGGAGAAAAUUUCCUUUCUGGUCCCAUUCCAGAAGAGAUUGGAAUGCUGAAUAAUCUUUUGAUGCUUCAUUUGGGACACAACCCUCUGUCAGGUAGAAUCCCAUCAUCAAUUGGAAACUUGACCAAGUUACAAGAAAUUUAUCUUUAUGAGAACAAUAUCUCAGGUCCUAUUCCUAAUGGAUUCUGGAAACUCUAUUCUCUCAGUAUCGUUUAUUUGUAUUCUAAUAGACUUUCCGGGCCACUCUCUCCCUGUAUAGGAAACCUAACAAAUCUCGCAUUAUUGCUCAUGUAUGAGAACAGAUUUUUCGGUCCAAUUCCUUCAUCCAUUGGUAACUUGGUCAAUUUAGAUCAGGUCUAUCUUUACAACAACAGUCUUUCUGGAUCCAUUCCUUCCACCAUAGGAAAUUUGACCAUGCUCACCAUCCUAGCCUUGGACAUCAACAAUCUCACUGGUCAACUUCCGCAAGAAAUGAAUAAUUUGACAGCUUUGUAUAACAUACAACUGAGUGAUAAUCACUUCACUGGCCCUUUGCCACAACAAAUUUGUCAAAGUGGGACUUUAUACCGGUUUGCUGCUGAUGCUAACCAUUUCAUUGGUCCUAUUCCAACAAGUUUGAAGAAUUGUACUAGUCUAGAAAGACUCAAGCUUGAUAAUAACCAGUUAGUUGAUAACAUAACAAAUGCUUUUGGAGCAUAUCCUAGUUUGAACUACAUCAACCUGAGUGGCAAUAAAUUGUAUGGCUGCCUUUCAUCCACGUGGGGGAAGUGUCAAAACCUCACACAAUUGAUUAUUCACAAUAACGAGCUUUCUGGUGGCAUACCACAAGAAUUGGGAGAGGCAAGUAAGCUUGGUGAAGUUGGCUUGGCUUCAAAUCAUUUAUCUGGAAAAAUUCCAAAAGAAUUAGGGAAGUUGGUCUCGUUGAAAAUUCUCUCUCUGAGCCACAAUAACUUUUCAGUGGCUCAAUCAUAA